AUGGAGAACGAAGAAGCUUUAUUCAAUGAUGAAGUUUCAGAUGGAGUAGAUGCCCUCAAUUUGAAAUGGGUAGUAGGCUUCAAUAAAGACAUAAUCUGCGGCGUGCAUAACUUGACCUCUGAGAACCGAACAGAAAUUUUCUAUACUGCAGCUCAUACAGGUGUCAUUUACAAUUACAUCACCCGCGAGCAAAAACUUCUUCAAGGCCACUGCAACAAAAUUUCAUGCUGCACAGUUUCUGCAGACAAGCGCUGGAUUGUUACAGCAGAUUUAGGAGAAGAUGCACUGAUGGUUGUUUGGGAUUCUCUAACCGCUACCCCAGUUAAAACAAUUGCAAGUCCUCAUGGUAAAGGUGUUUACUGCAUUGACAUCUCUAGCGAUCCUCGCUACAUAAGCACUCUUUCCCGUUCGUCCCCACAAGAAAUCGCAGUUUGGGACUGGAGCCGCGAUGUAGAAGACUCGAAUGAUGCAAUAAUCGUCUCUGGAGAAGUCCCAUUCACUGCAGAUUCCGAUGAAGGGCUUCACUAUAGUUUGAGGUUCAAUACUUCUAAUAUUUCAGAAAUCGCCACUAACAGUGCAAAAUCUGUGCUCUUUUGGCAGUGGGACGAAGAUGAACAAACAUUAAGGUACGAUGACAAUGAAAAAGAAAUGAAAUCAUUUUUUAGGCAGAGCAUUGAAGCCUUAACACAAACUGUCUUUAUUCCUAACACCACACAAGCUGUUACUGGCACUAAAAGUGGCCAAAUUGUUGUGUGGGAUAUGAGCUUUAUUAUGGAAACUGACUCAAACCCAGAACAGAGAAGGCCGAUCAAAAUUGUGCAGCUUGUGAACACUGAAGCAACAUUUUUGACAACACAAGGGGAUUAUUUGGUUGUAGGGUCAAAAGAUGGGGCAGUUAGGUUUUAUGACCAAAGGUUUACAGUUGAAGCUUGGUUCGAGCAUAUUAAUGCUGAAAAUAUUUUGAGCAUUUCUUUUGCAGACUUACCACCGAGGAGUUGUAAAGAAGAAUUGGCUAAGCGUGGUGAAGAUUCUACGAGCAAUUUUGCAUGUCCAGAUUUUAUUGUUGCUUCUGAUAAUGCUAAGAUUGUGGAAUUGAAGUCAACAUUCUUUGAAGAAGUCCCUCCUGCAGGUGAAGAAGAAACUUUUGUACAAGGGACUAUUCUUGUGAAAGGAAUGAGAUACCCUGUCAACGCAGUAGCAGUUCAUCCCAAAAAGCCUUGGGUUGCUUUUGCAGGUGGAGAUGGGGAGCAUAGCUAUAUUUAUGUUUGGAAUCAUAGAACAAGGCUGCGUCAAAAAUUCAAGCCAGUCAAUGGCAAGAAAAUUUUGCGAGAGUAUAGUAAAGAGCCUCUUUGUCUAGAAUAUUCUCCAAAUGGUGACUUUUUGUGUGUUGGCUUUAAGGAUGGCACAUAUUUACUUUUAGACUCAGAAAAUAUUAAUGGUGAGAGACAGCCUCAAAUAAAAUACACAGACAAAGCAAGGGAUAUAUUAAGAAUCAUUUUUUCUCAAGAUGGACUAGCCAUGGCAAUCGCAGACAAAGAAAAUAAAGUUGCACUGUUUAAGUGGGAGCAUAAGAAAAAUAACCCAGACAACCCUAUGGAGUGGGUGCACUGCGGUUCUCAUAAAUCCCACUAUAAGCCAGUCACUGGCCUAGCAUUUGGUACUAGCAUUGAUGAAAACGACAGAAACUUGCUAAACCCCCCCCCCCCCUCCGUGAGCGAACAAAACCAUUAGAAAAAUCGCCAUUUUUUGACCAAAAACCCACCCUCCGUGAGUGAACAAAAAUUUUUUUAAUAGAAAAAAUUUUAAUGGAAAAAAAUUUUGAUAUAUAAGUGAUAAUUAGUAUAAUGAAAUCUAGAGCUAAUUCUGUUUAAUUUUAAACAAAUUGCGUUUAAAACAUAAAAUUUUGCAAAUUAAAUUAAUAUUUUGCUUCCCAAUUUUUGCAAAUUAGGAUUUUUUUUAAAUUUCGAAAAAAAAAUAUUUUUUAUAAAAUUUAUAUAUAAAUUGUUUUAAAAAAAAAAAAAAUUAACCCCCCUCCGUGAGCGAACAAAAUUUUUUUGUUCGCUCACGGAGGGGGGGGGGGAGUAAGGUUUUUUUCUGUUGGAGAAGACCGCAGACUUAUUGAGUACGACACAAACUCAACAGAAGCUACUCAAUUGCAAAUUUUAAGUGUGAAUAAAAUAGAUCAAGAAAAUAAGCCCACUUGCUGCAUUUGGUAUCCAGUGAGUACAGGAGAAGAUUUGCUACUUACAAUGAAUGAUGCUUUUAAGGUCAAGCUGUGGAACGCUAACAAUAAAGAUUGCAGGCUGACUUGUCUUGGCCCUACAUCAGGUGGCCCAGUCACCAAAAUAAAGCUUAUUGUUAAAAGCAAAGACAAGCAGUCCACAAUCGAUCUUCCGGAUUAUUACCUAGCCUACUCAACAGCUGAAAAAAUUAUUGGACUUAUUAAACUUCCAUUAGAUGGGAAUCCAAACAAAACUAUGGGUCUCAUCGGACAUCCUGGAGAGAUUUCAGACAUCGCAGUUUCUGGAGACUACAAGUUCAUGUUUACAACAGGAGGCAAAGACUUGUGUGCUAAUAUGUGAUUUAUCGCUGAAGAAGCUAUUGAAAGGCAAAUUGCCCUUGGCGGCUCUGGAGAAGAGCCUUUCCAAAACAUGAUAGAAGGUGGGAAAAAUGGAAAGGCUUAUAAAGAUAUGAAAGACUUUUUUUAUUACUCACAAAUCAGAUCUAAAAAAGAAAAUACAACCAAAGCAAGGAAGCUUGAAGGGACAGUUCCAUUAGAAGAAAUUGGCUACUUGAUGAGGGCUAUGGGGUAUUAUCCAAGCCAGCAAGAAAUUGAUAACAUGAUGAAUGAGGUGAAAUAUAGCAAAUUCACGAAUACAGGAAAAGUUGUCAAUUCUUUAGACAUGGAUACUCUUUUAAGGGUUUUUGUAAACCAUAGACCAGUUUAUGGGGUUGAUAGAAAUGAAAUUAAAGAAGCUUUUGAAGUGAUAUCUGGAGGCAGAGGAGUUUUAUUGAAAGAUGAUCUUUUUGAGCUGCUGUUUACCAAAGGAGAGCCAAUGAAUGAAAGAGAACUGAGAGGAUGCUUAACUAGCUUGUUGAUGCCUGUAGGAGGAUCAGCUGAAAGCAUGAUCCCGAACGAAAUUACCCCAGAUUACUUCUUGGAAAAGAUUUUAGGCUUCGAAGAAGUCGCUGAAGAAGAAAUAGAAGCUGAGUCUCAGUUAGUCUUUGAAAAUGAGUCUUAA